AUGGCUAACAAUUCCUGGAGAAAGAGGUCAACAAGACGCUCCGGCAUUUAUGUCACUCGCGUGACCGAAGGCGGACCUGCAGAAAUGGCCGGGCUUCAAGUUGGUGACAAAAUCAUGCAGGUGAACGGCUGGGAUAUGACCAUGGUGACUCACGACCAAGCCCGCAAGCGGCUGACCAAGCGGAACGAGGAAGUCGUCCGGCUUCUGGUCACCAGACACUCCCUUCAGAAAGCUGUCCAGCAAUCCAUGUUGUCCCAGCCCUGCCACUGAGAGGGGGAUUUGAGCGAUGGUCUUCGUGACACGGCGGAGGGGUUUUGCAGGUGGACCACUUGUCACCUGUUUACCUGAGAAACUUAAAAAAAAAUAAUAAUGACAUCACCCAAAACACCUAUGCAAAAACGACUUUUCAGCGGGGUGUCCCCCGAAGAGGGCACCUCGGGAGGCAGUUUGAUGGCCACUGGAUCGAAGACGGCGGGCAUCAAACUGCAAAGGAGGGAAUAGCCUUUUUUCUGAUCCACUGGGACCACCUAAGAGCUUUUUCUCCCAGAAAUUAUCUCCAGCGGAUGAGUCCAUUCUUAAAUUUCCGUUGUUGUAAGGCGGCUGUUUUGAGGGACGAGAUGGCCUUCUCAUGAGCUUCUGGCAGUCCUCUUAUCCAGACCAAAGUUUUCACUGCCAAUAUCUAGGAUCCCGCACGGGGUUGUGUUUUAAGAGGCAUCCAGGGGCGCGAUUCAACUGGUGUAACGACCGGUUUGGUGAGCGUGCGCUUCACAACAGCUGAUCGUCGGAGCGAACCGGUUUGCUCCCAGCUGAUCGUCGGAGCGAACCGGUUUGCUCCCAGCCGAUCCUCGGAGCUAUCGAUUCACCCGAACUGUGCCGAACCGGGAGAAUCCCACCCCUGGAGGCAUCGAACCAUUGGCUUGUCUCUUAAAUGUGAGACUGAGAAGCCACGAUAUAGACAGGCAUUUGAAAUCGUUUUCCCCUUUCCAGAAGUCCUCAAACGAAAGCGAACAAUUUCAGUGGCCUUAAGCCUUCGUUUGCCUGGCCUUCCGCUCGGCCAGAAUCCCUGUUAGCCAUGAUUUGUUGGGAACAGGCUGACGUUAGCGACCCCCACUGUGUCUGAAGGCCGCGGUUUCCACCCUUGAGCAGGUCUCUUGGCUUUUCCAAAGUUAGCUUCCAAUCAUGGCUCUUGUGCCAAAUUUUUCCCCCGAAGGCCUUUUUUCUACGUCUUGUAAAUAACCUCCCUUCCAACAUUUGUAUCACUAAUUUAUUUUAGUAUAUUACUGCUAUUUGGACUGGUGAGUGGUGCGGGGUGGCCUCUAGAGGUGGAACUCUCACCUCAGAAUCAGGAGGCUGCGAGUUCGAUCCUAGGUAGAGGCAGAUAUUUCUCUCUCUGGGCACAAUACGGAUAUAUCUGCUGAACGAAACUCCACAUUGGCAACAGGAAAGGCAUCCGGCCAUUCUAGCUCCAUUCAGUUUUUCCUAGACUCCACCCCCCGCAAGGGUCAUUAAAAGAUGACAACCGCUAUUUUGAUUCGUUUAACUUCCGGGCCCUUAAAUCUCGGCCUGUUUCGUAAGGAAAACGUGUCACAACCCUUCUACCUGGUUCGUAUCCCUGUGGUUUGUUUUUUGAAGGGGAAAUGGCGGUAGGAAGGAUGGUGGUUGGUUUUUUGGGGGUUUUUUUUUUGGACAAAGCCGUAUGGGUUUUUGUGUGUUUUUGUACUGCCGAAUCACAUCAGUUUAGUUCGGAGGUUAAAGCUGCCAACGGGCUGCCGUAGGUCGUUUUACACAAAAUAAACCAAGCUGGACUUCUGA